GAUCAAGAUAAAUCCAGUACAUAUCAUUGCCGCUUGCUUACGUCAUCCUUUCAUCACUUAUAUAUAUAUAUACAAACACACCCCACCCUACCCACAGAACUUAUAUCCCAACAAAUAUGAGAACAAUUGGUCACACUGGUGGUGAUACACCCAACUGGGUUCGCCGGAGUUGCAUCGGAAAAGGGUCAUUUGGGGUGGUCCAUCUCGCCGUUAAUGAAUCCGAUGAUAGUUUUACAUUCGCUGUCAAAUCCGUGGAGCAGAACUCCACGGAGUUUGUUCGGUGUUUGGAGAACGAGAUUGGGAUUUUGAAAUCGUUGUCGUCGCCGUACGUUGUUCAGUACAUUGGCGACGACACGACGUGUGAGUCGUCAUCGGUGUACCGGAACUUACACAUGGAGUACUUGCCAAAUGGUACUCUGGCUGACGUGGCAAAAGUUAACCGAACAGAAGAACAAAGUGAGAUUUGCAUAGGAUGUUACAAUGAAAAUAUUAGGAGUUACACACGGUGUUUAACGUCCGCAUUGAACUACAUUCAUGCCCGAAACGUUGUCCACUGUGACGUGAAAGGGGCGAAUGUGCUGAUCGGAGACACCCCCGAUACAGCAAAGCUUGCUGACUUCGGGUCAGCGAUCAAAUUCGGUGUCCCGUUCCCAGGAACACGUGGGACGCCGCAGUGGAUGGCCCCAGAGGUCAUCCGAGGCGAGUAUGUCGGACCAGAGUCUGACGUCUGGUCGCUAGGUUGUACGGUGAUCGAGAUGCUCACCGGAAAGCCCCCGUGGCCAGACCGGGGAGCCGACACACUCCGUCAAAUCGGCUACUCCGACGAUAUACCCGAGUUUCCAACUCGGGUACCCGACGAUUUACAUGAUUUUUUAAACAAGUGUAUCAAACGAAAGCCGAGUGAGAGAUGGAGCUGCGAUCAGCUGCUACGACAUCCAUUUCUGCUACCGUGUUCUUCUCAUUCACCGCCGCAGAUCACAAUCAAUGACUGUAAAUUAUCACCCAGAUGCGUGUUUGACUUUCCAGAUUCAAAUUCUUCAAACGAAUCAACGGUCGAGAAUUACCAACCCCACAUUAACACAUCAACCGCGAAACGGAGGAUUGGUAAAUUAGCUUCAAACACAAGGGUAAAUUGGGAAUCGGAAGGUUGGGAGACGGUGAGGCACGUGACAGAGGAAUUGACUGAAACGACGUCGGAAUGUUGGGAAGAUGCAGAAUCCGGUGCAAGUUAUGAUUACGAUGUUGAAAGUACAAGUUGCAAUGCACGGGGUACAAUGGUCGGUGGGGUGUAUAUAGAGAGUGUAAAUAGAUAUAGGUGUAACAUAUUUGUUUGGUUAGAAAAAAUGUUUUCAAUAUUUGUUUUGAUUAAUUCGAAUGUUAUCCGACACAUUCAGUACACGCAAUGGGUUAACUUCAAAUCCAAGUUUUUGGAGAUUUUUGGCAACAUCUAAAUAGUUAAGUUUUGA